CAAGAAAGACAACGGGCUGGAGAUCCUGAAGGUUUGCUUCCCCUUUUAAUUAUCUUUAUGUAGACAACACUAAUGGAGGAUCUCGGAAGAAGAUUAAAUUAGCCCUAGAUCAAAUUUAUGUUAUGUAAGGUAUAAUUUGUGAGUGCUUUCUACUUGUACAUUUAGAGCAACUGAAUAGUUUUCUUGCUUCCGUGGUGAAAACGGCGCAAUUAGGUCGUCGUCCACUGAGUCAAAAGUUAGAGCCAUUUGUCAUGAAUUGUUGAGUCUUAGCUAAAAAGGUUCAGGGCGGAUUUCACAAUUUUCUGUCUCUCAUCUUUGGGCUUUGCCGUUUUUUUUAGUGCUUUAGUGUUGUUUUUCAUGGGAUCCUAAGAAUCACCCAAGCUUUUUUUUUAUUAGUCUUUAGGUACUGUCUUCCUUGAUAUUGUGGUCGGUCAGUACAGUCUCUGGGUGAUAUGUGAAGCCUUGGACGCCAUUUUAGAUACUUUCGCGGACGGACCGCUGGUUAACGCUGCUGCAGACUCGAUUGGUCUCAUGAUCAACCGUCAACAGUUGGUACCAGUUCUAAAAGCUAGGGUAAGGAACAGUUUAAUGUACGCGGGAGGCGUAUGCCUCAGUCACUUACAAGUCAGUUUUCCUUAGUUUGAUCAUAUCGAUUGAGUGGCUAGCGUCGGAAACAUCACCUUCUUAAUUUUUUUUUUGAAAAACAGCCAAUUUCGCGCUUCCCUGAUUUAAGUGUCGUUUUCUUACAGUUUAGGAAGUGCCGAGGAAUCAGUGUACAAAAUUUUUCGAAAUGUUUUCCCGAUUUAAUCACCUUUACCUAUCAAAUCGUAUCAAAUGAAAUGGUAUUCCACUGAUUUUUGAAUGCAGUUUCGUAAUUUUGAUUUGGUUUUAAUUUUUAUAAAUCUUCAAACACCGAAUUCGUGCGUCGUUGAAAAAGUUAGACUAACUAAGCUUUGUUUUCAAAGAGAAGUACUCUUUUCUAAGAAUCGCAUUUGUUGUUUUUCAGGUAAAAACUGAGAGAAGAAAUCUCGGGGAUCAUUAUCCUGUGAUAGAUGCUGCUAGAGUGAACUUAGCGAGGUUUAUAAAAUACAAACAGAAAGGUCAUUAGGAAGUGUAAUGGCAGACCGCUACCUGUCAAAUGGUCUUCGCCCUCUCAGAAAUCCCGGGGCCUUCAUCUCUUUCAAAAAAUUUGGCGGUCACAGCCCAUUAGAUUUUCAGGCUUUUUUUAUUCAUUCAUCUUUCGCGCCACCAUUAAAGGUUCCAGCUCAUUAAAGCCGAAUAGGAUUUCCAGCUAUUAAACUACAGUCAUUGACGGCGUUUGGUGUCCUGUGUAGCUAGUCAAACUGAUUCAUCGGUUAGUCGUUGAAGUUUAUGUUAGAGCUUAGAGUCACCAGAAUCUAGUGUGAAGGAGGCAAUUCCAGUCGCGAGGAGUACAGUAUGAAAAGAAUCUUCAAUCGUGGAAGUCUAACGCGCUGGAAUACUUUAGUGGAACUAGAUGGAGGCUCGGAGACGAUGGAGCUUCUGGCCAUUUUUAAACUGGUUAAAUUGCGUGGACAAAUUGGACCUGUUUAA